AUACAAUUUUCACCUGCUAUAAUUUCUAAAUUAUGUAAUAAUCCUAUUGAACGACCACAACCUACAGUUUCAAUAAAUACUCAUGCUUUUCAAAAGUGGACAAUGCCUAUUCCUCAAUUAAAUGAUAUUUAUAAA